AUGGCUGACCCUUUGAGCAUCGCGGCAUCAGUUGCUGGUCUCAUCGCCCUAUCGGGGAGCAUUUAUAAAAUAGUCGGGGACUUCGUAGAGCGUGCUGCACACCCGCCUCAAUCCGCGCAUGCCCUCCUCCUCAGCGUUUCGGAGAUGCGAAUGGUUCUCAAGUCGGUAUCAGAUCUGAUUGACGACUUUCUGAAAUACCCACCAAAGCGCCGCGCUCUCGUCCGACUAGACCAUUUAAUCAUUUGCCUGACGCAGGCCGUCCUUUCUUUCUCGGAGCUAGAAAAGUUUGUCAAUCCAUGGGCUACAAGGACGCAAAGAUCGCUGUGGCAGCGAUGGAAGUUAGCUAGCCAAGAUGAAAGAAUAUCUAGGUUCAACACGAGACUCCAGGAAAAUAAACUCUCCAUAAGCUUAGUACUGAACAUUCUGCAAUGCGAGUCUGAUACAGAUGCUCAGCAAUACCAACUCUCGUUGCACGGGAUGAUGGAAAGAGUCAUAAAUGAAAACAGAGAAUUACGCACCCGGGUGGAUCAUCUGGGCUCAUUUCUUAUGGGUUCUGCGCCUUCGAUAAUAACUUCCGUGCCCUCGAUAGCCACCACUUUCGGGCGCCCAGAAUCCCCAUCCAGUAUGAAGUCAACUACAAGAGUAAUCAGAUUAGACGAUGACGGUGCAUCAACCAUUUCGGAGUCCAAAACUAUCCUCUACCCCCCAGAUCCUUAUAGUGCAUCCUUACCCAUCCCAGUAAGCUCUGCUCUUGGAUUACCAGCCUCCCUUUACGAACCCAGCUUCCUUAUGCCAUUUGAACAUGAGCUUGCGCAGUCAUGGGUCUACGCACGAGUGAAACGUACCGAGUGCGACAUCUCGUUUACAACUCAACAAGUCAGCGGACUUUGGAGUAUGUUAUCCGGGUUGAGUUUAGGUCAAAUCUCCAAUAUUUCUGUCAUCGCUCUUCCGAUAACCCUUAACGAUGUAUCCAACAGCAUUUGGUAUAAAGAAUCUACUCGACCAAAUCUGGCCCUCAUUGAACCACAUCAAUUAGAUGCUGCCAAGGAUAGCGCAUACAAAGAUAAGUUCCACAACAUUGCCGUGUUAGGAGAGUGCGAAGUCGGCAAGUCUACACUUUUAACAACGCUCUGUUAUGGUGACCCGGAACAAACGGAGAAGUAUUCUACACUCGGACUCGAUUAUUAUACCUCUAUUUGUGUUUACGGCAAGGAACGUCAACUCCGGAUUACCGACACACCAGGGUUAGGGGCAAGCGACUACGCAAUCAUGGUGGACGAGGCGAUCAGAUAUGCGGAAGGAUUUGUUCUCAUAUAUUCCGUUACCGAUCGAGACUCGUUCCAACGAAUUCAGACACUCUAUGACACGAUCAUAAGGAUAAAGCAGCUGCCGCCAGAUCAGCGGCCACCUGUCGUCAUUGUUGCAAACAAAGUCGACCUCGAAGAAUCAAACGUGGUUCCCCCCGAAUCGGCAUUCUCAUUAGCUGAAGAACUUGAUUGCGCCCUCUUCGAGUGUUCCGUUAAACACGAUGUCACUAUAGCUUCUCCAUUUAUAGCGCUUGUAAAAUUCAUGUUAAAUGAAACUCCCUGA